CAACCCAAUAAUUAUUUAAAGACUAUAGUCUUUGAGAGUCUAAAAGUUAAAGCUUUAUAACACUUAAAGCACAAACUAUCAACAUCACAUGUCAAAAUAUGCAAAGCAAAUAUCCUUGAAUCAAUCUCUAAUAAGGUCUCAAAAAGUAUUUUCAUUACAUUGCCUCUCUGUGAAUUUUGAUUAGUAUUUUUUUCAUCAGUGUGUAUGUGUGUGGGUGGGUGGUGAAAUGGACAUUUACAGAUUUUUUUAAAAAAAUUGCAUCCUUCCAAGCGUAUCUAUAGCUGCUGUUCAAUAAAGAGAAUUUCCUCUUGUUUAUCUGAAGGAAGAAUUCAGACAAUCAGUGUAAAGUGGUAGCUCUUACAAGAUGCACCAAAUAUCCAUGCAUCAAAUUCCCAUUCGCUUCAUGGAAGAUCUGCUCACUGAGGGCUUGCAGGAUUGACCUAUCAUUUAUAUUUUAUUGUUGCUUUGUUUAUUCCCAUUCCAGUGUGGGUAAUUUUUUUUAAAGGACUUGUGAAAGACCAAUGGAUUGCUUGUCUAUUGGAUCAAUUUCUCUGUCUCUAUCUGUAGUAUCCUGGGAGGUGGGGGCGGGGGGGGACAGAUUUGGCCUUGACUGUAUGCACAAAGUUCCCUCUGGGCCAGAGUCUGUUCUUAGUUACACCCAUGCUCUCCUACUGACUUCACUGUGGUUACACGGGAGUAGCUGAAGGCAGAAUGUGUAUCUUUCUGCUCAGCAGGAGUCAUGUGCGCACACAUGAGAUCAGAAUUUAGCCUUUAGGGCCGAGUUACUGAUACGAUGGAAAGUGUGGAGUGCAAUACUCAUUAGCCAAGUAUGUUAGGAAUGGUUACUGCUUUUAAAUACUUUGAACAGCAAAGAAAUGUACGUGGAAGCUUUACAUGCUUUUCUAAGGUGGUGGUCCCCAUCCGACCUUUUUCUUUCUUUUAACAGGGGACAAUUAUGGGAUGGAUGGGAAGGCUAAACUGCCAAAUUUCACCGAGGACAUCGACUGGCAAGGACUGGAAGAUUUAUACAGUGUGAAUGAAAGUUUGUACGAAUACAGAUACAACUAUAGACUUAGUCUGGAUGACUGGACUAAUUACUUGAAGGAUCUAGAUAGAAUGUUUGCACUGCUGAACAGUUACUAUGAGCAAAAUAAAACAGACAAAACUAAAACUGCUCAAAACAAUGGGUACGUGGAUGAAUCACCUAUACCAUUUACCUGGGGGGGCCUGACCUCUGCUGAGUCAGACGAAGACUCAAGUGGUCUGAUUGCAGAAGAGCUGCAGCCUAUCGUGCCAACUGACUUGGCAGCCCUAGCUUUGAGCACUGUAAUUUUAAAUCAAGUGAGGAAACUUGAAUUAAAUAAUGAUAUUCCUGAGAAAAGUAGUUUGAAUUCUGCACACUGGAGAAAUCAACAAGCUGAAAAGUGGUUGGAGAAUAAAGAGUUAGACAGUUUUGAAAUGGAUUUAAGUGGAAACGGUUUGACAGAGCUGGAGUCCAGGCAUAGCUUCAUUCUACAGACAGUUAGCAUUCUUCAGAAAGACUCUCACCAGGACAGUGACCCAGUGGAGGAUAUUUUUGAAGAUCAGAUAUACCUUCCUGUAAGUUCUGAUGAACCCACUGUUCAUCAAGCUGUAAAUGUCUCCAUCAGGGAUCCAACUAUUAGGGCUCAGAAAAUGGAGACUAUGUUGGAAAAGAUGGAACAUAACUUUGAAGGAGAGACUUCACAAAUCCUAAAUGUAGAAGGCAGUGCCUCAUCUCCACUCUCCUUGGAUUAAAUGAAAUUGUAAACCAUAUAUGGGUCUCUUUAUUUUUGAUCAGUAAACUAGUAAUGGUAAUCACGACAACUGACAUUCCAUGUUUAUUGCAGAUACAUUUUGCAGCUGAAAUGAGCUCAACACUCUGUGUGUGUGUGUGUGUUUAUUUCAUAUAUACACAUACACAUACUUGCACACUAAUUCUCCAUAAUUGAGAAACUAGGUUCCCACAGUAUUAAAAAGAAACAGUGUUAACUUUAUAGUGCAGUGAUGCACACAUUUCCUAGACUAGUAAUGAUUUCCUUAAAGUUUCCUUUGAGUUACUUUUUCUGUUUCCAAAAGGUCCCACAUAAAUGAAUGUCUCAGUCCACCCAUGCUAUCUGCAUAAUGUAUUUUUGAUAAAUUAUUUUUAACCACUGGAAUUUCUUGUCACACUUUUGAGUAAAAUGAUAUUGCACUUUUGUAAUCUGUCUCCCAGACCAUUUAUUAAUCUGAUCCUUUACAUGUUCUUAGUUUGCUCAUUGUUUCAUGUAAUUGUGAAAUAAUAAAAUGGGUUGACAGGAAAGAGAUAUUCAGCAUGGAUUGUGAAAACAGAUUGGUCGAAUAUUAUUUUAGCAGAAGAUAUUGCAUGUUUUGUUGCCUUGACUUUCAGAAAUUUAUUUUCAGAAAGGUAUAGCUAAUGAAUGCUCACUGUAUGAGGAUUUUUAAAAAUUGGCUUGUUUCCCUACAUAUUGAUACCAUCAGUAUUAAAAAUUCAUGAAUGUUUCUAGAUUUUUUUGAUGAUAUCCUUACAGAGGUUUCUAUGAGUAGAAUAUGCUUUGUCGCCAUUUUUGAUUUUAUUAGUCUGGACAAUAUCUUGAUAUUUUCAGAAAGUAUUGUGAUCAAUUUGGGACUUUAAAAUGUUUUUUUUAAAGGCAUUAAAGGGAAUGGUAAAAUCAUAUUAGACUUACAUAUUUUAGAUACAAAAGGCAUAUGUGGUCAGAAUAGAAGGCUAGACCUAUUUUGUUGUUGUAAUGUGUUCUAAAGUUUUGUUUUGUUUUUUUCCUGGAUUUUACCAAACAUUUAAUUUUUUUAAAGAAUACUACAAAAUUGACUUUGAAAAUCUGUACUGUUGGUAACUUAAUAUCUAUCUUAGGUUUUUUUUUUUUACAUAGGUAGAAAAUAAGUAAAAUAAAAAGAAUCACCUCAUACAGAUGUAUUUCCACCAUGUCCAAUUCACACUAAAGUUCCUUAUGUUAUAUGUUAUUUAGCUUAGUGGGUUUUUUAGUCUGUUGCAAGCACUGCAGGUUAAAAUUAUGUUCUUUUGCUUUAAGUGUUUAAGUUGAACUAUUUUAAAAGCAGAUUCUUUUAGUAGGAUUUUAAUAAUUUUAAGAAGCAGUCUUUAUGAUGGACUCUGUGAAUAUGUUAAAAUUAACUCGCUAUGUAUCUGAUGUAUGUGCCAUGGGCUGAAUGACAGAACAAACGUAUUUAUGGUCAUGAAUGAUGCUAUUUGUAAAUAGAUUUCUAGUUAUUAGGAUAAAAACUGUGGUUUUUUUAAAUCUUGUACAAUAUUUCUGUGAUACUUUUAUAGAACAAUUCUGGCUUCAGGGAAGUCUAGAAGCAAUAUUUCUUGAAAUAAAAGGUGUUUUACUCUA